GCUGCGCGUCAUCAGCCGCCAGACUGCGCUCACUUUGUUUCUGGAGCUGCUUUUUUUUCUCUUUUUGUGCCAAUGUGUAUUUUUUUAUUAUUGUUAUUUGGCUCCGCUUGGUUAAGACAGUCUGACGCUAGACCUGGACCCGGACCCGGGUCUGACUCUUGACUCCCGGCUCCAGCAGCAGCAGCGGCUCGCCUCGCUGUGUCUGCCCGCUCCCCCGCCGCUGUCUACGGCUGCUGCUCCUCUCUGUGUCCCGCUUCAUGCUCAGCUUCACGGAGCGCUGCUGUCAGGUGGACAGCAUGGACACUGUGGACAGACAGCAGGGGGCGCUCAUGAAGCCCAGUCCGUGCGUCGAGUACAACGACCUGGAGGCGGCCGAGGCGCUCGUCAGCAUGAGCUUCUGGGAUCAAAGGUUGCAUAAGCCCCGCCCACUGACCCCCACCUCCGACUCAUGUGACUCCAUCCAGCUGCAGACGGAGAGCGUGGACGCUGCUAAAGACCUGAUCGCUCUGUCGUCACUGUGCAUGACUCCACCUCACAGUCCAAGUUCCUCUGAGGCCUCCGCCUCCUCUGCUCCAAGCCCCGCCUCUGCUCCAAGUCCCGCCUCCACACACGUCGUACCCGGCCUGGAACUCAGUGUUGGCUCCGCCCUCCUCAGUGACUCCCACCCUCAUGUGUCAGUGCUUCCACCUCAGACUGAGUUGUGUGUUGUGGCUCCGCCCAGCAGAGCCGUGGCUCCGCCCAGCAGAGCCAUGGCCACCAGCGUCAUCCGCCACACCGCCGACAGCCUCGGUGUCCCCGUCCCUUCCUGCUCUCGUCUCACAGAAACGCCCACAUGUCCACUCACGCCUCCAGAGACGAGGGGCCGUCCUCCGUGUCCCAGCAGCCCGCCCUCUCCUCCUGCUCCUCCUCCUCCUCGCUCCUUCCCAGUGUCUUCCUCUUCCCCGCGGCUCUCGGCUUCUCCACUCCUCUGUCAGGUGAUCCCUGUGAGCGGGGGGGCGGGGAUGAUCUCCGCCUUCGUCCAGGCUCCGGUUCAGGUGCAGACUCCGGGGGGACCGAAGCCCAUCCUGCCGCAGGCUCCUCCCACCUUCUCUCAGUCUCUGCUGCUGGGCUCGGCGGUGCCGCAGGGCACUGUGAUGUUCGUGGUGCCGCAGCAGCACGUGACGCAGCCCUCGCAGGGCCCGCAGACUCUCAUGACCCUAGGCAGCACCAAGCUCCUCCCCCUGGCCCCAGCGCCGGUUUACAUGCCGUCAGGAGCGAGCGGCGCCUCCUCGCAUGCCGAAUUCUCCCGCCGGAGAAACUACGUCUGCAACUUCCUGGGCUGCAAGAAGACGUACUUCAAGAGUUCCCACCUGAAGGCGCACCUGCGCACACACACAGGUGAAAAGCCGUUCAGCUGUCACUGGGACGGCUGCGACAAGAAGUUUGCCCGCUCCGACGAGCUUUCCCGCCACCGGCGGACGCACACCGGCGAGAAGAAGUUUGUGUGCGGCGUGUGCGACCGACGCUUCAUGCGCAGCGACCACCUGACCAAACACGCCCGGCGGCACACGACGUCCAAGCGGGCGACGUCGUGGCCUGCCAACACCGGUGACCUCAACAAAAUGGCCCUGCCCAAAGGUCAUAUCCGAGGCCCCGCCCUUCCUGUCAGGGUGCUCGUUCCCACCGCCAACUAACUCAGGACUCUGGAGGCGGAGCUUCAGUCAGAAUGAUGGUGGGGUUUUUUUUCCUGUUCGUGGCAACACUUUGAUCGUUCAUUGAACUGGUUACCAUGGAAACCACAGCAGGUCUGUUUCCGCGGGAUAUCGCUUGUUGUCUGUGAGUGUCUGGCGCCCCCCUGAGGCUGAAGCGGUCGUUACACUCCAGUGACUGAUGAUGAAACAGAAACCUGGAGUUUUGAGUCUUUACAAAAAACUUUGGCACAAAAACUGCAAACAUCGGAUUUCUGCGAGAAAAUUGAAAAAUUUGAAUGAAAUGAUUUUUAUUUCUUUUUACAUCAGUACUUUAGAGAACUGCACUUUACAGUAUGUCAGUAAACACACCGAUGCUUCCAGACACUGAGGUAACUUUUUAGCCGACUGGACAUUUUGUUGUGUUAGCGACCAAGCUAACGACGAAAAACACAAGCAAAAAAAAAAAAUUCCUGGCGUGCUAACUGUUAGCUCGCAGAUUAGCUUUGUUCAGAAGCUUUCUGGACAUUGUGACGCAUUUGACGCCUCAAACAUUCACAUGAGUCUAUUCACUCAUCCAUAGUUCCGGUUUUGUUACGUUUGUGAUACUGACACAGUCGGUGCUGACUCCGCCCACACUGAAAACGCGGUUCUCAGGAGGGAAAACUUUAGCCUCUUCACAAAAGACUUGUGUCAUAAAAUCUCCGUCAGUCCAAGUCUACGAUAUCUACGUCACAUGAUCACGUCUGUAAACCACUCCCCCUCUCACACCAAACCCCAGAGAGAAAAGCAGCGAUUUUAGCUGCGGGGACACAGGAGCUGCUGGUCCUCUGCUGCCUCGUGUGCUCACUUUGUGUCACUGAGGUCGAUGUAGAAAAAGAUUUUCAAAUGCCGAAUUGACAAAAUCAGACAUUAGAACAUAGUGAUGGAGGCAGCAGUGGAUCCACAGCUCCUGUGUGUGUGUGUGUGUGUGUGUGUGAUGUUAAAAUCACUGAUCUUCUCUAUGAGGUUUGGUGUGGGAGUGGUUUACAAAAAUCUGUCUGACAGUGAGAUAAAGACGUAAUCAUGUGACGUCCUGGUUGAGAUUUUAUUACCUACUGUAGGCACAGGACGAGGCCAGCAGGGGGGAGUCCACAUCUCAGGCAGCACUGACUCUGGUCAGAGCUCAUGUGGUUGUCGGACACAGUGUCCGGCUUUGCUCAGGACAUUUUAUUCCCACACACACUCACAGAGGAGGAGGCGGAGCAGGAGGCGGAGCUGCUAUUCAUUCACACAAUAAAGAAUUGACGUUGCACUGGA